UGACAGCUUCCGCCCUACAUGAAAACUGCAGCUCUGAUUAGUUGAAACAUCUGACCUACGUAGAGUUCACGCCUUCUCUCCGGCAGAGGACAGAUUAAACAUGGCGGCGUCCGUGAGGUGUUUUCUUCGCUCAGGAAAGAAUGCCUUGUCGGCUCUGGGCCGGCGGGGAUUUCACAAGAGUGCUCCGGCCGCUGUGCAGAUGAUGGUCCGUGAUGCCCUGAACCAGGCGAUGGACGAGGAGCUGGAGAGGGAUGAGCGGGUGUUCCUGUUGGGUGAGGAGGUGGCCCAGUACGACGGAGCCUACAAGGUGAGCAGGGGUCUGUGGAAGAAGUAUGGAGACAAACGCAUCAUCGACACUCCGAUCACAGAGAUGGGCUUUGCCGGCAUCGCAGUGGGAGCCGCCAUGGCUGGCCUGAGACCCAUCUGUGAGUUCAUGACCUUUAACUUCUCCAUGCAAGCCAUUGACCAGAUCAUCAACUCUGCGGCAAAGACCUACUACAUGUCAGCCGGUUUUCAGUCGGUGCCCAUCGUCUUCAGGGGGCCCAACGGAGCAUCGGCAGGCGUCGCCGCACAGCACUCGCAGUGCUUCGCUGCAUGGUACGCUCACUGUCCAGGCCUGAAGGUUGUGAGUCCCUGGAACGCAGAAGAUGCCAAAGGUCUCCUGAAAUCAGCCAUCAGAGACGACAACCCUGUGGUGUUCCUGGAGAACGAGCUGAUGUACGGUGUUCCCUUCGAGAUGUCAGAGGAGUCCCAGUCCAAAGACUUCACCAUUCCCAUCGGCAAGGCCAAGGUGGAGAGACAAGGGACUCAUGUCUCUUUGGUCAGUCACUCUCGCUACGUCAGUCACUGCCUGGACGCCGCCGUGGUCCUCGCCAAGGAGGGAAUCGAGUGCGAGGUGAUCAACCUGCGCACCAUCCGUCCUCUGGAUGUGGAGUGUAUUGAGACCAGCGUGAUGAAGACCAACCACCUGGUGACGGUGGAGGGCGGCUGGCCGCAGUUUGGGGUUGGAGCGGAGAUCUGCGCCAGGAUCAUGGAAGGUCCUGCCUUCAACUACCUGGAUGCUCCGGCCACCAGGGUGACAGGCGUCGACAUCCCCAUGCCGUAUGCCAAAAUCCUGGAGGACAACAGCCUGCCGCAGAUCAAAGACAUCAUCUUCUCUGUUAAAAAGACCCUCAAUGUCUGAAACACACACACACACACACACGCGAGGCAAACCCACCUGAAUCCUUCUUUGUCUUGUUCACACAGACGGUAAAAAACGUUUGAACCAUGUGUAAAUACAGCCAAACGGCUCCUUUUUAAAAAUGCUCCAGAUUGUAAUGUUUUUUUGCAAGAUGUUGGCAAAUGAAACGCACAGCUGUCUAUCUGCACCGAGAGCAGUGGACACACACGGUUCGGUCAAGUUGUCGACUCGAAGUCUGUUCCAAACUUGACCGAAAUCUGCGUGUGGCUCUGACUGCUCUCUCCAUUUUCUUCCCUUCAAAAUAAAAGUUGCUGUUUGAGGAAGUUUGCUAACAACAAAUCAUGUUUGCUCCUGCAUGCUCUCAAAUUUAGACUUGCAGACUGGUUACAACUUAAUUUUUACUCUCAGUAGUUUUGUUGUUAAUAAACUCCCACAUUUCUAACCACCAAAACAUAUUAUACUCAGUCUAUUAAAUGUGAUUCCUUCCACUUACACAGACUGGUUUGUCUCUUAAAAAAAAAAAAAAGCAGCAGUGAAGUAGACGGAGCGAGCCGGAGAGGUGGAGUGUGGUCAUGAAUAUUUAUUGUAGCUGCAGCAGAUCUGUGGAGGUUUUUGCUGCUGUAAAUGACUCUGUUACAGAAAUAAAAACCUUUUUUGAGUCCUUCAA